GGAAUGGAAUGACAUCAUAAAUAAGGAGUACCCAAGAAGAGACACAGCUGUGUUUAGUCUUCUUCAGAUUUAUCACCUCCAUACAUCCCUGUUUUGUGCCAACAAGACAGGUAGGAGGCAGAGAUGGACAGGAGGCAACAGGAGAAGGGAACAAAGGAGAGACUGAAAGAGAUAGAGAAUUUCAGGGUACAAGAGGAUAAGACAAAGGCAGAAAAAUAUGAAAGAAAAAUAGGACAGAAGACAAGGGAGAACACAGAUAUGGAGAGUGUGCAACAGGACAAAGGGAGGAUCCCGAGAAAGUGUGAGCCUGCUGUCCCUGUGCUAAAUGUCAGGGUCAUCGAGUGCAAGCCCAGGCCAAAACCAGACCUGACACCUGAAUAUGGACUCGAGCCCAAUGCUGAUCCAGCACCGAGGCCCAGGGCUGACAAGACAAACAUGGAGCUGCCGGACAUUGAGGAUGAGGAGUGUGAGGAUGAAGAGUUGACUCUCAUGGGCAACAAUAACAUUAUGCGUUCCUCAGAUCUGGAGGAAGCCCAGCAUAAGCUUCAAAAGGAGGCUGAGGAGGCCAGGCGUAGAGGCCAGGCCGAGGCCAUCGAGAAAUGUUACAGACACAAUGAUGAGGAAAUCUUAUCAGGCUCUAGUAAUAUUAGUAAAGAGGACAGCGCACCACCUAUGAAUGUUGCCAAUGGUACGACUAAUGGGGAUAUGGAGGGAGGAACCUGUUCCUCAAACAGUAACGAGUCAGAUGAGAGAACUACCAAAGUGGACAGCGUGACAGGGAAAGUGAUUGGCUGGGUGAACAAAAAAGUCAAAGAGAGAAAUGAGAGAAAGAUUGCAAGAACAUACUGGAGGGAGGAGACUCAAAGUGAUCAGUUGUACAUAAACGGUGUAGUGAUUUGCAGCCGUGCCCAGCGAGAGAGAGAAAAGAGGUCAAAACUCCUCAAGGGUGAGCAAACCAGACGGAGGCUGGAAAGACGCUGGCAAGAGUGGGAGGAGAAGAGAGACAGAAAAAAGAACACGCUGAAGAGGGUACAGAGAAAUGGGCUCUGGUACAAGGAGUUGGAGAACAAGUACAACAGCCAGGGUAGACAUGAGGACAACUCACUGCCUGAUGAAGCAGCUGAGGCUGAUGGUGAUGAAGAGGUGGAAUACCUUUUAACGUACGGGCCCUGCGACUGCGAACUCUGCAGGGACGGAUACAAAUGUCUCUGGUACAAUUAUGACAAGGAGGAGACAGACCCCAACGAGGCGAGGAGCAAGAGGAGGAUAAUCAAUUGGAUCAAUACAAGAGUCAAAGAAGAUUAUCGCAAGAGAAUCAACACAACCUUUAACAUCCAGAGUUUAGUAUGUGAUGAUUAUGCAAUUUACGGAAACGCCAUCCUUCGCCAAUGGGACCUACAGAAGAUCAUAAGGCGGGAACUCGUAAAAAAGGAGGAGAGAAGACAGAGGCUGGAGAAGCGCUGGAAGGAGUGGGAGAAGGCGAGGGCCGAGAAGAUAAAUACAAUUCUUCAGAAGAAGGAACAGGCCAGGCUCAAUAGACUGAUAGACCUGAAUCUAGAGGCAGACCAGAAGAUCAAGGAGUUCAUUGCUGCCAAUCCAGGAAUCCAGUCCCAGUACCCUGGAAGCCAUACCAGGGUGGAGAUGAUGGGACGUUGGGACAUGGGCUACCAGAGGGAGGAGACUCAGGGCCAGGAGGGCAGAGUAGGGCCUGCUACUGUACAGAAGUCCACUGUACCUCUGCGGACCAAGAAAAUAACCAAAUGGCAGAAGUUGCAAAAAUGGUUAUACAUGAUCCAACUGUGAAAGGUCCAGCCCCAGAAUGCUCAUAUGAAAG